CACAAAUUGAAGGUACAAAGUUAAACAAAUGUAGUAAAUUAUUUCCCCAUUUCUCAAAAAUUAGGGUUUGUGAUCCACUACGAAAUUGGAGAUUUUUAAUUGUCCAUUGCGAAAUUAGGGUUUGUGAUCCACUACAUACAAUUGUAUACAUACAAGGUAAAAUUUCACCUUAAACCCCCAUAAUGGCUGCUCCCUUUUUGUUAUUUGAAAACCCAAAACCGAUAUGUUUUGACUACUGCUAACAAACUAUAUGAUUAUACAUGGAGGAAUUUUUUUGGCUUCAAUGAGAAAUUUGUCCGUUUUCUUUCCCAAAUCUGUCAUCUGAAUUGUCCAUACAAAUGCACAAGUUAUGUAGGCUUGGGUUAGUAAUGCAAUGGCCACUAGGUUCCAGCGAUAAGUUAAUCUUGCUUACCACCAUACAUCCUUUCUUGUAUUUGGUUGCACAUUCAUUCGUAAGGACAUAGAUUCCCAGAAGACAUUAUAUCCUUCCAGGUUAACUUCAACGAAUUUAGCUCCAAGCUUGUCAUCCAUGCGGGUGGAUGGCACAUCUUCUGGGCCAUCCAUGUCAACUAGUGGAGGUCUAGCAAAGCUGGAACUGGCCGAUGGCAAUAGCCUUUAUGCGAAAUUGGUGGUUGGAGCUGAUGGUUCUAAGUCACAUGUCAGGGAAUUAGCUGGAUUCAAAACAACUGGAUGGAAGUAUUCACAUAAUGCCAUCAUUUGUAUUGUGGAACAUCAAGAGGAUAACUAUUGUGCGUGGCAACGAUUUCUACCUUCGGGUCCAAUUGCUCUUUUGCCAAAAGGUGAUAAGUUCAGCAAUAUUGUUUGGACUAUGAACCUGAAAGUGUCAAUGGACCGCAAGUCUCAUGCCUUUGGAAAAAGAUGUGUUAGAUGGAGGGAAAAGGGAAGGAUGCAUCAUCAGAGAGAUGAAUUUUGUUUAGAGAGAUGAAUUUUGUAACUUGUACUAUGAUUAUGUAAUUAAAUUAGAUGGUGUACUGUAAUUCACUUGUCCAAUACGCCUAUGAAUUCUAUUCUAUUCACUUUUCAAUAUUCAGUUGUCGUGAAUGUGGCUUGUAAAUGGUGAUUUUUU